AUGGUAAAACUACAUAUAGUGCAAAGGUACGUUCGAAAGUCCCCUACUGCAGAUACCAUAAAUAACCGUGUAAAGCUAUUGAAUCAAAUGAUAGACAAUUUGCGUUCCAGAUCUUUUGCAACGCAUAUUUUUGUGUUUUCAAGCUCAAGAGCUUUAACAGCUUUUGUAGAGCAAGACCUUAAAGUGGAUCGAAAAAUAUACGAACAAUUAGAUAAAGUAGAUGGAACUACUCAAGUAUUAGAUUUUGCUGGACUUUCCAGUAGAUCCCAUCAUGUUCAAGAAUUACUGAAGACUUACCCCGCAAUCAAAAAAGUUGCUGUAGAUACAUUUAUGAUUUCAAAUGAACUGUUCACUUAUAAUACCAGUGAUUUGAAGGCUAACGCCUAUUUAUUAGAAAGAUUUAAAUAA